CGCUGGCCCACGGACAAAGCAGCAGGCUCUGUCUUUAAUUCUCUCAUCUGCUCCAUUCGCCUGCACGCGUGCUUUGCGGGAGGAAGCACGGAGCAGAUAAAGUCGCCUGGGAUACCGAUAACGCACGUAUAGGUCUAUCGAUCGAAAUGAAAUCGGUAUUGUCAGGCUGAAAUCGCUAUUCGCUACAAGAUGAUGGACUUGAGGGUUGCUAGACGGUGGCAAGUGGUCCUCGUGCUUGUAGUCUUCCAGUUUCUCUGCCCUUCUGAGACUGCAACAGUAAACAUGCUUGCAUCUAACACGAAGUGCUCCAAGUGUCCCCCGGGCUUCGGAAUGGUGCAACUGUGCUCGCCGCUGAACGACACGGUGUGCGUCGAAUGCCCGCCUGGCUUCUACUCAUCUCACAAUUCCGCCUUUGAAAGAUGCUACCCGUGCUCCAAGUGCGGACCCAGUCUGUACGAAGCGCAGUCAUGCACCACGCGGACGGACACCGUGUGUGACCGUUGCGCCACAGUCAUGGGGCCGCACAACAUGGACUUCUUUGCCAAGCAUUGCAAUGACACCAUCUUCGUCAUGGAGCAGCCAAAGCCCUCCUCGGCCUGGAGGAACGAGCUCUUUGUGCAGUAUCAACAUCUUCCAGUUGCAGAUCAUCAGAAGUUGACAGCGCCGGCGGCGGAAAGGGCGCUGUGGCCGACACUGGCAGCGGCGAUCGCCGUCAUUUUCGGGGUUGCGGCCCUUCUAGUCACCAUAGUGCAAGGCGUCCGUUCGCACUUCACACGCAACAUCCAGAAAAUCGAUUUGAGUUUCGACCAAGAAAUGACCUUACUAAAGGAAAUGAGGCCGCCAGACGACUUGGACGAGGUGACCUGCUUAAGCCAGCAGCAGAUGUCACUGAUUUUGCACGAAGAAGAAACACACGAGCCAUCCGAGGCGAUUGGAUAGCUUUUGGGGUGACCUGUUCUGCUAUGCUACUUCACCAAGUGCUAAUUUGAAACCAAAUUACGGUUUAAAGACACUUUUGUUUAACUUAAUUCAUGCCGUGGACGUACAAAUUCUUGAAGGGGAAUCAAUUUAGCUUGUGUUUGAUUUGUAAAAUCGAAAGAAGGACGAACUAUCCUACCGAAGUGUUUAGAAGUGAAGAAUAGCUUUAUAAGUGCUAACAGAAUAAGAAAUUAUGCUAAAGGUUGAGUUUUAAGAGAGAAUUACAAGGCGCAUCUGAAGAUGGACGGAAAUGCCAAAAAUUGAAAAUGAGUCAAUCUAAUCCAAGUGUGAAAACGCCAAUCAUCAAAUUAUCGGGUCUUUAUUAUUGCUUUUGUAAAGUCUUGAUCUCAUUUUUGAAAUAAAAUUUUAGUGUUCUUCUUGCUCAAUGUUUGGAAAGUGCUUGAAAUUAAUUUGAAAAUACAUCUCAAUAACAGAAGAGGUUUGACAUGUGGCUUUGUUUUAAUUGUGUUCGUUUGCAUUCCAGUCGGCGUCACCGUUUUCGUGUUCACCGUUCAAAAUAUGUGUCCAUUCUUAAUCUGUGCCUUCGACAAAUUUGUAAGCAGAUUUGUAUUAAGAUUGAAAAUCUAGACUGCGUAUUUUAUUAAACCAAAAACGAUUUAGAAAUGUAAAAUCUAGUAUGUAUUAUGUAAUUCCUGAAACAAAACUGUAGAUCUUGUAUAGAUUAUAAUCAUCUGUAUUUUAUUUGAAAUUGAGCAACUCUUAAUUUGAAUGCAAGAAAUUCGAAAGUACAGAGUUUGUGAUUUUGGAUGUACAAAAAUCCUGGAAAUAAAAAAUUAAACGAA